AUGGCUAGCCUGCGGACCGCGCUCCUGGCUAUCCUGAUCCUUCUGGCGAUGGUGCUUCAAGCGACCGAGGCAGGCCCUUACGGAGCCAACGUGGAGGACAGCGUCUGCUGCCCGGGCUACACCCGUUACCCCAUGCCCCUGCGUGCUGUGAAGUAUUACUACUUGACUUCGAACUCCUGCCGGAGGCCUGGCGUGAUCUUUCUGACCGUCAGGGACCGGGAGAUCUGCGCUGAUCCCAGGCUGCCCUGGGUGAAGAGGAUUCUCCGGAGGCUGAAGUGA